AUGGGCCGCUUUAAACACCAGGAGAACCUGCUUCAGUACCACAGCACAACAGUCACAGAAGGACCCCCAGCCUCUCCAUCUACCUCCGCCUCUACCGCCGUCUCUAUCCUUCCAAGCAGCAGCCCUGCUGGAAAUACCACAACCCUGGGUCCUCAAACAGCAACAUCAGGAGUUACAGAACACACUGCAGAGACAACAGAAACUCAUUCACCUACUGCUGCAACCAGUCUAACCUCCGAUGACACUGCUCGUACUACGAUUAAUGUCACCACCCUUCAGCCAACACCACCAGCAACCAGCAGCAGCUCCAUCACUGCGGCCCCAUCCACUCCCAGUCCAGUCAUAGUAUGUCCUGCAAUCCCAUGUCCUCCUGAAAGUGUAUGUCUUAACGGGACAUGCCAGUGCCUCACCGGUCGCUACUUACUGAACGGACGUUGUGAAUCUGGUCAAGUGUUCCCAGGCAGCCUUCACGUCACCUCUUUGAAUUUUACAAAUGAGAUGAGCGACAGGUCCUCAAGAGCAUUUCAGGAAACAGCAGCCAUCAUCUCCGAGCCUCUCAGAGAAGCCCUGAAAAAUGUGCCAGGGUAUCUACAGACUGAUGUGGUUGAACUUAAACCCGGAAGCGUGGUUGCAACAGUGAAUAACAUCUUUCAAGACACCACUGAAACCGAACAGUCUGUCGAUGAGAUCAUUAAAAAGGCCUUAUCCAAUUCAACGGGUGUGCUGAGUGACGCAACAUUCACAAUUACGAAUCUGUGUGAGCAGACUCCUGAACCUUGUCAAGUGUCCACUACUUCGUGCAAGAAUAUAAAUGGCCAGCCGGUCUGCUCCUGUAAAGACGGCUACGUCUCUGACGUGUACUCAAACACCAGCUGCAGAGCCUGUCCGAGUGGGCAGAGAAAAGUGGGUGAAGAGUGCCAACCAUGUUCAUUUGGGUACGCCGGCUUCAACUGCAAUGACUCCUCUCUGCUGGCAUUGGUAAUCGUGUCCUGCGUACUUGGAGGAAUUCUACUCAUCCUGAUCCUGGCUUUUCUCAUUUAUUGGUGCUGGAGGAAAUGUUCAGAGAGCAAGUCCGGCGAUAACACCAGUCCGUACUCAUCAGAGGACUCUAGCAAGCCUUGGCCUACUGCCAUCACCCCCAUCCCGCGGGCCAGCAGCAACUGGGAUGCAGCCCCCUCCAUCGAGAUGGCAGAGGGGGGCAGCACUCACACCCUGGUGGACAAAAAGCGUUACAGCAACGGCUUAUCCGCAUCAUAUGAUCUGAACCCAGAAGAUAUGAAGACCUUCAAGGGGAAAAAUACAUCACGUUACUCAUACCUGGUCCAAGGUCAUGAGAAUCCCUACUUCCUACCAGGAGAUGAGAAGAGAAACUGAGGUGGGGGAAAUUUAGAAGGAAAUUAGGACAAAACAGAAGCAUUUCCUGAGCAGAAGAUAUUUAUCAACAUAAAACAAAGUCAUGAGGAAUGAAGAAUGAUAAAUGAAACCCUUCAGUCUUAACAGUAACCAAAGAGAAAGAUUAAUGAAGAGACAAAAUAUUUUUUUAUAUGUGAGGUUGUUCCAUGUAUGCUGUUAA